AUCAUGUCUGCGGAACGAUUCGACUGCCAUUACUGCAAGGACACUUUGCUCGGAAAGAAAUACAUUUUGAAAGAAGACACGCAGUACUGCACAAAGUGUUACGAGAAUUUGUUCGCUAACUGUUGCGAGGAGUGUUCUUUGCCAAUCGGGUGCAACUGUAAGGACCUUUCCUACAAAGACCGACACUGGCAUGAAAAUUGCUUCAAGUGUGCCAAAUGCAGCAAAUCAUUGGUGGACAAACCAUUUGCUGCUAAAGAUGACCUUCUGCUUUGCACUGAGUGCUAUUCCCAUGAGUACUCUUCAAAGUGCACCACAUGCAAGAAAACCAUUAUGCCAGGUUCGCGAAAAAUGGAGUACAAAGGCAACAGCUGGCAUGAAACGUGCUUUCUGUGUCAACGCUGUCAGCAACCAAUAGGAACAAAGUCUUUCAUCCCUAAAGACAACAAUUACUUCUGUGUCGCUUGUUUUGAGAAGCAAUUUGCCUACCAAUGCUGUGCUUGCAAAAAAGCCAUUACAACUGGUGGUGUCACCUAUCAAGAUAAGCCCUGGCACCGGGAAUGUUUUACUUGCAUUGGAUGCAAGAGACAACUGGCAGGCCAGCGUUUCACCUCACGAGAGAACUACCCAUACUGCCUUGACUGCUUCAGUAACCUGUAUGCCAAGAAAUGUGUGGGCUGCACCAAGGCAAUUACUAGCCUGGCAGGUGCGAAGUACAUCUCCUUUGAAGAACGCCAAUGGCACAGUGAAUGCUUCACCUGUAUGCAGUGCUCCGUUUCUCUGGUGGGCCGCGGGUUUCUAACCCAGCGUGAUGACAUCCUAUGUACCGACUGCGGCAGGGAGAAGUGA